AUGCGGGGAAAAGUAUCGGCUUUGGAUGCAGCCGGUGUCCACUGCCUUGGAGACCCAGCAAUCAGUUUCGACCAGUGAAACAAACACUUGCAAAGGCGUCUGGGUCAACUACUCAAGGAACGUAUCUUUUAUCUUAGGCGUUAAUCAAAGGCUUCAUCCUCAUGUUUACGUUAACAAACACAGCCAUUUUUGGACUUGUUAGCUGGUCAGCUCUACUUUCUAACUGAAACUCGACAACCGAAUCAAAUUCCUUUCAUUUGCAUUUCUAGAUCUAUAUAUGAAGUAAGUGAUUGUAUCUUUCAUGUUCGGUACAUUAAUUUUAAUACGUUUCAAAGUAAGAUAGCCAGUUCCCUCGAUUUUAAAUUUUUAUUACGUGGUAAACAUUAUAAGUAGAAACAGAAAAAGUCCUGGAGAUAUUCAGUCAGAAAAAAAUUGCUCGAUAUAAAUAAAGGCACCAGAGAAAUCGUCGGAAAGGCCAACGAGAAGCCUCGCGUUGAUUCCCCUAAAUCGAAAAGUCCCCUCUUUUAAGGUUCCUGACAGGUUAGUACUACAAUUGUAGGUAUACUAGGUGAAAGGAAUUUUCUAUCUUUGCCCUCCUUAGUCUUGAUCUAGAACCACGAACCCUUUGCAUUCAUCCCUUUGUUAAAUAAUAUCUCAGAUAGAGGCGUUUAUUCUUAUAAAUUUGACUAGCAAAAAAAAAAACGUUUUAGCGAAAAUGUCAAAUCAAAUUGUAGAAUAUCCAGUCCACCCAUUGAUACUUAUAGAGAAGAGGACCAUAUCGCUCUCAGUCAAAUCGCAGUGUCAGAAUACUCGUUCAGGGUCAUUGUGUUGUCAUAGUUAGCCUAUUCUCACUUUAAACAUGACAUUUAAGAUUUAAUGCGCAAACCCUUGAUAAUCACGUAAGAAAGUGAAAAAUUAUAGCGCCUUAAGUACAAACUUAAAACUAAACCAAGGGGACGUUUAUAAAUCAGGAGACGUAUAUAAUUGAAGGUGGGCGUCAAUUAGAUCAUUUUCAGCACUCAACCAGAUCUCUCUGUAAAUCUUAGCAAAGACGGCAAACGCGUGACUGCGGUGUUUUGCCUCCGCUACAACAGGCUGAUUUAGCAACAGAACGGGAACGUUAUUUUGUGACCUCGCGCUGCGAAAAUUCCGAUAAGAAACUGGGGCGAGAAUGCCGUCGCGUUAUUGAUGAUUUAGCAAGCAUUCAUGACGCCGUCACGUUCGUUCUGGAAUAUUCACAAAUCCGUAGAGAUCGUACAGCUUCACAGGAUAGCUAUACGGACUGCGAACUUAUUUUCUCUGCAUGCACUAAAAAAAGCAAAAGGAUGGUUACGCGACAGGAUCGCGCGACAGGAUUGAAUCAAGUAAGAUAAAAUAUGUCGAGUGUUUAUGAAUGACCUUGAAUGUCAUUCACUUAAUAAGCUUACUAUGUGUUAUGGCUCAAAGUACAAUUAAUUCCACUUUGGUUUAUGCCUGUAGAAUGACCUUACCAAAUCAUAAGCCAUUAAAUCAGUUUUUGUCAAUUUUGUGUGGCUGUCGUCAUGUUUUCGUGUAUCUUUGUGUCGUGACACAGGGUUCGUCAUGUCAAACUUUUAAGCUUACAUCUUCAGUAGUACAAUAAGAACACACACGCCAUGCAAGCCAAACGAAGCACGGAUUUGCGAUGAAACAGGGCGGCCUCAAGCCUUCUCUUUGACAAAACAUGUAUUUCUUUCAAUAAAAGAGCUCCGACCGACUGUGGUUAACCGGACGGCGUAAGUUACAUUAAGUAAUUCACCAUUGGACGUGCAGGGAAUCUUUCCCUGUAGACGCCGGUUGCCAUAUUGCGAAAUGCGACUGCUAAAAGUACAUGUUCCAACGUUUCUAAUACCGUUAUUUUUCGCAUCUCUAUGCCUUCAACUCUUGACUGUUCCCUCACAACCAAAAAUGUUUACUAUAAUCGGUAGCUUCUCCGACUUCUGUUUUUGGCUUAUUCCUCUUCAAUGACUUUCAAAACAAAAGUAAAGCGAUGAGCGGAAGUAAAAACAGCGUGGUGAGAAUUUCUACCGAUUUCUAGGUAAUUACCGCACUUAUAACCAUCACGUACACUGUACACUGUUGUUUAAUUUAUAGAGUUCAACAGGUCAGAUCUUAACGCUACAAACUCUGAUGGUAAAUAAACUCACAGACCGCAUUAUGACACCAUUUUUUAGUGCGACUUCUCGAUCUGGAGCACUUGGAAGCAGAUUAUCCAAUCACAAUCACAACGUUUUUUGAAAACAAAAGACACUCAAGUUUUUUUGUAGACUGACCAAUAAAAUACAAAUACUAUGCAACCGUUGAAAACUUUAAAACCGUUUGAACUUUCCUGACCUCUCAGGAAACAGCCCUCAAAUUUAUGAAUGUUAUUGGUCCGUUUGCAAAAAGAAUAGUUCGGCGUUUAUUUCCACGUGAGAGUUUUAAAAUUUAUGAAACUACGAAGUAAAAUAUGAUUUUAUAAAUUGUACAUGACUUGUUCUGCAGGAAACGUGCACGAAGGCGACAAACACAACUGCUGAGAACAUCAGCAAUUUUGGUAAUGCCCAUCAUAGUCUGGAAGAUUUCAAAACAGCCAUAGAUUACCAUGAGCGUCACCUGAAAAUUGCCAAAGAACUGGGUGACAGAACGAAAGAAGGCAGAGCGUAUGACGAUCUUGGCAUUGCCCAUCACAUUCGGGGAGAUUUUAAAGCAGCCAAAGACUACCAUGAACGUCACCUAAAAAUUGCCAACGAAUUGGGGGACAGACUGGCAGAAGGAAGAGCGUUUGGAAAUCUUGGCAACGCCCAUCACAGAAUGGGAGAUUUCAAAACAGCCUUACUCUUCCAUGAACGUCAUCUGAAAGUUGCGAAAGAAUUGGAUGACAGAUCGGAAGAAGGAAAAGCGUAUGGCAAUCUCGGCAACGUCUAUCGAAGUCUGGGAGAUUUAAAAACAGCAAUUAAGUACCACGAACUUCACCUAAAAAUUGCCGAAGAACUGGGUGACCGAUCUGGAGAAGGAAGAGCGUAUGGAAAUCUUGGCAACGCCUAUCACAGUCUGGGAGAUUUUAAAAGAGCAGUAGACUACCAUAAACGUGACCUGAAAAUUGCAAAAGAAUUAGGUGACAGAUCCGGAGAAGGACAGGCGUAUUGCAAUCUUGGCAACGCUUAUCGACAUCUGGGAGAUUUUAAAACGGCAUUAAGUUACCAUGAGAAUGACUUGAAAAUUGUGGAAGAAUUGGGGGACAGAUCGGGGAAAGGAAGAGCGUAUAGCAAUCUUGGCAACGCCUAUCUCAGGCUGGGAGAUUUUGAAACAGCAUUAGACUACCAUGAACGUAGUCUGGAAAUUGCGAAAGAAUUUGGUGACAGACCCGGAGAAGGAAUAGCGUACGGAAAUCUUGGCAACGCUCAUAAAAGUCUGGGAAAUAUUAAAACAGCUAUAGACUGCUAUGAACGUCUUCUGAAUACUUCGAAAAGAUUGGGGGACAGAUCCGGAGAAGGAAAAGCGUAUAGUAAUCUUGGCAACACCCAGCAAAGUUUGGGAGAUUUUAAAAGCGCCAUAGCCUACCAUGAACAUCACCUCAAAAUUGCAAAAGAACUAAAUGAUAGGUCCGGAGAAGGAGCUGCGUAUUGCAAUCUUGGAAACGCUUAUGACAGUCUGGGAGAUUUCAAAACAGCCAUAGACUACUAUGAACGUCACCUGAAAAUUGAGAAACAAUUGGGUGACAGAUCCGGAGAAGGAAAAGCUUAUGGCAACCUUGGCAACGUUUAUUACAGUCUGGGAAAUUUUAAAACAGCAAGUGACUACCAUAAGCGUGACCUGAAUAUUGCGCAAGCAUUGGGUGACAGAUUGGGCGAAGAAAGAGCGUAUGGAAAUCUUGGAAACACCCAUCAUAGUCUGGGAGACUAUGUAACAGCCAUAGAAUACCAUGCGCAUGCGCUAAACAUUUCCAAAGAAUUAGGUGACACACCCGGAGAAGGAGUAGCUCAUGGCAAUCUUGGCAACGCCUAUCAAAGUCUGGGAGACUUUAAAACAGCCAUAGACUACCAUAAAAGUGUUUUGAAGAUUGCGAAAGCAUUGGGUGACAGAUCUUUAGAGGAAAAGGCGUAUUGCAAUCUUGGCAAUGCCUAUUAUAGUCUGGAAGAUUUUAAAACAGCCAUAGACUACCAUAAACGUUGCAUGAAAACUACUAAAGAACUGGGUGACACCUUGGGAGAGGGAGUAACAUGUUCCAAUCUUGGGAAAUGUUUUGAAAUUCUAGGCCAAGUUCCAGUGGCUAUUGAAUAUUAUCAGCUAGGAAUCACUUUGUUUAAUAAUAUCAGAGAUCGCCUUGAAUUGAACGACGAGUGGAAAAUAAGUUUACGUGAUAAUUACCCAAUAGUAUACACUUCACUUUGGCGUUUGUUGUUAGCAGAAGGCAAAGUUACAGAGGCUCUGUUUUCAGCCGAGCAAGGACGAGCACAAGGCUUAAAAGACCUUCUUGAAUUAAAUUAUGCCUUCAAAAGGAGUGAUGUCGAAAGGAGUGAUGUUAGAUCAGGUACAGGAAACAAAUCAGUAAAUGACCUGCUUAGUUACCCUUCUCCAAAUACAUUUUUUAUGGCAUUUGGAGAGAACGAAUUAAACAUCUGGGUCUGCCAGAGGGGAAAGGAUGUUGAAUUAAAAACGAAACAAAUCGAUUCGCGGGAUGAAGUCAACAUUUUCUUUACGGAUCUUUUACAAGUUCUGCACCAGGAAAUUGGUACCAGAAGUCUUUUCAAGUGCGAGGAUCGAUCAAUUGAAUUGGCGAGGGAUGAAAGCCUUGUAGCUAAGAGAUCACCUCAGUAUGGCAGAGAGACCCAAAACUUAGGCCUUACAAAAGAUGCCUUAAGCACAUUGUAUGAAAUCAUGAUUGAGCCAAUUCAAGAUCUGUUUUUAGGUAGCGAACUCAUCUUCAUCCCUGAGGGUCCACUUUGCUUGGCCCCUUUUGCUGCAUUCAAGGGCCCAGAUUCCAAGUACUUAUGUGAAUCAUUCAAAAUUCGCGUGGCUCCAUCCCUCACCAGCUUGAAAAUGAUUGAGGAUUGUCAGGUAGAUUACCAUCACAAGUCAGGUGCACUUCUUGUGGGUGAUCCUUUGACAGAGCGUCAACCACUACCAUGUGCAAGGGAGGAAGUAGAAAUGAUUGGCAGAAUGCUUGGCAUCACACCUGUACUUGGAACACAGGCCACAAAGGAUGAGGUUUUAACUCGACUCGGUUCUGUUGCCUUGGUGCACAUCGCUGCACAUGGCAAUAUGGAAACGGGCGAGAUUGCUCUAGCGUCAACAGAAGGUGUGAAAGAGAACAUUUUGACAAUGAGAGAUGUACUGGGUGUUCAGAUGCGAGCAAGACUAGUUGUACUCAGUUGCUGUCACAGUGCUCGUGGGGAGAUCAAAGCUGAGGGUGUGGUCGGUAUAGCACGAGCAUUUUUGGGUGCUGGUGCUCGUUCUGUUCUUGUGUCGUUAUGGGCAAUCGAUGAUGAAGCCACUUUAGAAUUCAUGAAAAAUUUCUAUCAGCAUCUUGUGAAAGGGAUAAGUGCUAGUGAAUCUUUGAAUCAAACAAUGAACUGUAUGAGAGAAUCUGAGGAGUUUAAUGCAGUCAAGUAUUGGGCACCGUUCGUGCUUAUUGGUGAUGACGUCACAUUGGAAUUUGCUGGGAACGAAUAG